UCCCCUCUCAGGCUCUUUCCCCGCCUUUCUCCCUUCGGGCGAACCCGGAAGUGGAGGCUCCGCGGCGGCAGCGGCGGCUGAAGCGGCGGCGAGUACCUGCCGAGAGACCGGUGCCCAGUGAGGGCGCUGGCGGAGCCGAGCUGGCGAGAGCCUCAGGGGUUUGGGGGUGGAGGGGACGGCACUGGGGCCGGGCAGCCCGGCCUGGACUGUGCGAGGGGCGCGAUGGCCGCGGCGGACCUUCAGGGGAAGUACCAGAAGCUGGCUCAGGAGUACUCGAAGCUUCGAGCUCAGAACCAGGUCCUAAAGAAAGGUGUUGUGGAUGAACAAGCAAAUUCUGCUGCUUUAAAGGAACAACUAAAAAUGAAGGAUCAGUCAUUGAGAAAACUGCAACAAGAAAUGGAUAGUUUGACAUUUCGCAAUCUGCAGCUUGCCAAGAGGGUUGAACUACUUCAGGAUGAACUUGCUUUGAGCGAACUCCGAGGCAAGAAAAAUAAGAAAAGUGGAGAAUCUUCCUCUCAGUUGAGUCAAGAGCAGAAGAGUGUCUUUGAUGAAGACCUUCAAAAGAAGAUAGAAGAGAAUGAACGGUUGCAUAUACAAUUUUUUGAAGCUGAUGAACAACAUAAGCACAUGGAGGCAGAACUGAGAAGUAGACUGGAGACAUUGGAGACAGAAGCAGCACAGCACCAAGCAGUGGUAGAUGGUUUAACAAGGAAAUACAUGGAAACCAUAGAAAAACUGCAAAAUGACAAGGCCAAAUUAGAAGUAAAAUCACAAACGCUAGAAAAAGAGGCCAAGGAUUGUCGACUUCGAACAGAAGAAUGUCAGCUUCAAUUAAAUAACCUUCAUGAGGAUUUGUCAAGUAGAUUAGAGGAAUCCUUGUCCAUCAUCAAUGAAAAAGUACCUUUUAAUGACACAAGAUUUAGUCAGUAUAAUGCUCUGAAUGUUCCACUACACAAUAGGAGACAUCAGCUGAAGAUGCGGGAUAUUGCUGGGCAGGCCUUGGCUUUUAUUCAAGAUCUUGUGACAGCUCUUCUGAACUUUCAUACCUACACAGAACAGAGAGUCCAGAUUUUCCCCAUUGAUUCUGCCAUUGAUACUAUAUCACCAUUAAAUCAGAAGUUUUCGCAGUACCUUCAUGAAAAUGCAUCCUAUGUUCGCCCUCUGGAGGAAGGAAUGAUUCGCUUAUUUGACAGUAUUACUGAAGAUACUGUGACAGUCCUGGAGACAACUGUGCAAUUGAAAACUUUUUCAGAGCAUUUAACCUGCUAUGUAUCUUUUCUUAGGAAGAUCCUUCCUUAUCAGUUAAAAAGUUUGGAGGAAGAAUGUGAAUCUUCUGUUUGCACAUCUGCAUUAAGAGCCAGAAAUUUAGAAUUAUACAGUGAUGUGAAAAAGAUGACUGCUGUGUUUGAGAAGCUCCAGACUUAUAUUGCUCUUCUGGCAUUGCCAAGUACAAAGCCAGAUGGACUACUUCGGGCAAACUAUAAUUCAAUAUUAACACACAUUGCUACAGUUCUUCAAGAAUUUCAUAAUGUCAUGAAAGAUAUUUCCAAGCACUAUAGUCAGAAAGCUACUAUAGAGCAUGAACUUCCAACAGCUACUCAGAAGCUUAUAACAACUAAUGACUGCAUCCUGUCUUCAGUAGUGGCAUUAACAAAUGGAGCGGGAAAGAUUGCAUCUUUCUUCAGCAGCAAUGUUGACUACUUCAUUGCUUCACUGAGCUAUGGGCCUAAGGCGGCAGGUGGAUUCAUCAGCCCUCUCUCAGCAGAAUGUAUGCUGCAAUACAAGCAAAAAGCUGCUGCUUACAUGAAGUCUUUGAAGAAGCCCCGUUUGGAGUCCGUGCCUUAUGAAGAAGCUCUGGCCAACCGUCGCAUCCUUUUGAGUUCCACGGAAAGCAGAGAAGGUCUUGCACAACAGGUCCAGCAGAGUUUAGAGAAGAUUGCCAAGCUGGAACAGGAGAAGGAACACUGGAUGCUGGAAGCCCAGCUAGCCAAAAUCAAGUUAGAGAAGGAAAACCAGAGGAUGGCAGAUAAGGUGAAGAAUGCAAGUGGAGCCCAGCUGGCCCCAAGCACCCAGGAAAAUACUGUUCUGGUGAAUGCCACAGUGCAAGAUCAGGAAGAGUCAGCUGACAAGACUUGGCAAGAACCUACUCAGAGUACAAGCCUGGUUGGAAUGUUGGUGAUGACAUCAGACAGUGAGGUUCCAGAUGUUGAAUCCCGUGAGGAUUUAAUAAAAAAUCAUUAUAUGGCAAGGAUAGUGGAGCUUACAUCCCAGCUUCAGUUGGCUGAUAGCAAAUCAGUGCAUUUUCAUGCUGAGUGUCGAGCACUCUCCAAAAGAUUGUCCUUAGCAGAAAAAUCUAAAGAAUCGUUGAAUGAGGAAAUGAAAUUAGCCAGUCAGAACAUUAGCAGACUGCAGGAUGAAUUGACAACUACAAAGAGGAGCUAUGAAGACCAGCUCAGUAUGAUGAGUGACCACCUUUGCAGUAUGAAUGAAACCUUAUCUAAACAAAGGGAAGAAAUUGAUACUCUAAAGAUGUCUAGUAAGGGCAAUUCUAAAAAGAACAAAAGUCGAUAGUUUACAAAUAGUUGGGUCAGUCUGGUGACUGUCCUUUCUGCUGCUGCUGCUGCCCAGAACUGCAGGUGCUGAAAAUCCUUGUCCAUUUCUGGAGUCAGCCUUUUCAAGAAAUUGAAGUAUUAUUGGACCUAGUAACAAGUCAUUGCUGUGUAUGGCUUUGAAAAAAUUAGAAUGUAUUUGUAACCAGUAAGGCAAAUAGAGAAUUUGAUGUCAACAGUAAAUACAAAACAAUACACAAUACCAUGGAUCUUGUAGAAAAUUCCUUAAGCUGUUUUUACUGUGCACUUUUUAAGAUUAGGCUUUAAUUUCAGUAUGUCAGAACAAAAAAGAUUUUGUAUAUUUUCAAACUCAAUUAUAUGGUAACAGAUUUGGUAUCAGUGCAAUAGAUGUAUGUUUCUGGAUAAAAUGUUUAAAUUAGUAACUUUUCACUGUUUCUUGCUAUAAUUGAAAGCAGUCUCCAGAUUCUUUAUGGAGACCUCUCCAUUAUUAUUAUUUUUUUUUUUUGGCCAUUCAAACUUAGUUCUCUCAUGGGUUUAUUAUUGUCUCUAUUUCCUGAAUCACUCUCUGUAUUAGAAUGAUUAGCUUAUGGAAGUUGGCGUCAAUAAAUUCAUACUUAAAGCAAAUUGUUUCUGUCUUUCUAAUGUAUGUUUGAUAGUGGAAACUAAAAACUUUUGGGAUAUGACAAAAAUAAUCAAAACCUUAAAAAUGUCUUUCUGAUACCUUUGUGUCAUUUGAAUUAGAUUCAGUCAUUCCAGAUUAUUUUUUUAAAAGAUUUACGAAACAUGCUCCCGUAGCUCAGCACUCAAUCAAAGGCCGGAAUCCUUUUUAUUCCUUCUUGUUAUCCCCCAACUUCCCUACAUGUGAUCUAUGUCCAAAUUUUGUUGCUAUUGCUUCCUUCAUAAUGUCACUUGUGUUUGUCUACCUUUCUAUUCCUGUAGUGAAAUACCUUAGACCAGCAUUUGGGUAUUCUUAAAACUACAUUAUUAUAAUGUCUCCAGAUAGCAAGGUGUGAUUUUUUUUUUUUAAGAUUUACCUAACUGACCAUUAAUCGGAGGAGUCUUCUAACUCUUCUGUGACUUCAGCAUAUGAAGGCAAAGAUAGAAAACAUCUGGCACAGCAGCACUCUCUGUCUGGGAAUAGUUUGUCCUAAAAUAGAGGAAACUUCUGUUCUCGGCAGAGAGCCAUGUCCAUAGACGUUAAGGAGAUAAAUAGGAAACUUGCCAUUAAAGUGACUGCCACUUUGCCUUUAAUUUUUAAGUAAUUUAGUAAUUAGCUACAAAUUGGGAAAUUAGCUUGCAGUCAGAGCCUUAUAAUACUACUUGUAGCUCAUGUGAAUCUUUGGAAAUAAAGACUUUGAGUGGAUAGUCCUAGAAAGCUCAUCAUAACUGGAACUUUUUGAAAAAGAGAAAGAGAAAUUAUCUCCUAAAUGGAAAUUUGCUGGAGGCCCUUGCUUCAUUUGCAGGGUACACCGUCGACAAAAGACAGAAUGGAUCAAGCAUUCACCCCUGCCACAUCCUCCCUGUUUAGCUUUUAUCUUUUGCUUUACUGGAAGCUAUGAACUAAUCUCUUGGGUCCAACCCCAGUGUUUCCAUAGGAAACAGUAUACAGCUGUAUAGGAGCUUGAUGAAAUAUAUUCAUUCUGCAAGGAGUAUAACUUCACCCAACUCAUGUCUCAUUUGGAGUCAGGCUGUACGUGUUGAGCAAAUGCAGAAAAAUAUGCUUAUAUGUAACAUUUUGUGACAUCACUUAUUGUCUCAAGCCAUUAUUUGUGUCUUGUUUUAUUUGGCUUUUCUUUCAUCUGUUUUUGUUUGUCUUCUCAACCAGUGUGUAAGCUCCUUGGGGGCAGGGACUAUGUCUCAAAUGUCUUUGUAUCCCACUGUAGUGCUUUACCACAGUGCCUUGCACACAGUAGGCGCACAA